GCAAAUGACCAAACUACGCAACAUCUAUCACUAUAUAAGUAUAUAUACCUCACCACCUUUUCCCUCUCAUCCACAAACAAUAACACAAAACAUGGCUUUCACAAAAAUCUCCUUAGUCCUUCUUCUCUGCCUCUUAGGUUUGUAUUCUGAAACCGUCAAGUCUCAAAACUGCGGUUGCGCUCCAAACCUCUGUUGCAGUCAGUUCGGUUACUGUGGUACCGACGAUGCAUACUGCGGUGCUGGAUGCCGAUCAGGUCCUUGUAGAGGCAGUGGAACCCCGACUGGUGGAUCGGUCGGUAGCAUUGUGACACAAGGUUUCUUUAACAACAUUAUCAACCAAGCUGGUAAUGGUUGCGCCGGGAAAAGAUUCUACACCCGUGACUCUUUCGUUAAUGCCGCUAAUACUUUCCCCAACUUUGCCAAUUCCGUUACCAGACGUGAAAUUGCUACCAUGUUUGCUCAUUUCACUCACGAGACCGGACAUUUCUGCUACAUAGAAGAGAUUAACGGAGCAUCACGUAACUACUGCCAGAGCAGCAACACACAAUACCCAUGUGCACCGGGCAAAGGCUACUUCGGUCGUGGUCCGAUCCAACUAUCAUGGAACUACAACUACGGAGCGUGUGGACAAAGUCUCGGUCUUGACCUUCUACGCCAGCCCGAACUUGUCGGUAGCAACCCAACUGUAGCUUUCAGGACGGGUUUGUGGUUUUGGAUGAACAGCGUAAGGCCGGUUCUGAACCAAGGGUUUGGAGCCACCAUUAGAGCCAUCAAUGGAAUGGAAUGUAACGGUGGUAAUUCCGGUGCAGUCAACGCAAGGAUUGGAUACUAUAGAGACUAUUGUGGACAGCUUGGUGUGGACCCUGGUCCUAACCUUAGUUGCUAAAAAAAACUUUGAACCCAAACACGCACACUUGUGACGUGGCACGUGAUAAGAUGGGAUUAUAAGUGAGAUAAUAAAUUUAAAUUUCACACGUAUGUACUUAAUGUUGGGUCUCAGUGUUCCCUGCGUCACAAGCAAAAAAUGGUUGUAAUAAACUUGUGAAAGUGAUUUUCUUUUCUUAUGUGACUUCUUAUGAAAGUGAAUUUUAAGAUUGAUAGA